AUGGCUGCAUGCACAGCUCGUAUAAAUAGAUUCUCCAAACCAUCGCUACUAAGCGAUAAAGACAUGAAUAAAAAGCCUCGAGGAUUUUCUCAAGAAGUAAGUAGUUUUGACGAAGAUGUAACUGUGGUCAAGUGGCUGGAUAAUAAGAUUACCCAUGUUGCUUCUAAUUUUGUUGAUAUUGGUGAAAAAGACUUAGUCAAGAGGUGGUGUAAGAAAGACAAGAAAUGUAUUGACGUUGAACGUCCCGAAGUGGUCAGGAAAUACAAUCACGCAAUGGGGGGAGUUGACCUUUUAGAUCAAUGUAUGAGCUACUACAGAACCUUCAUAAAAUCAAAAAAAUGGACUCUUCGGAUGAUAUUUCAUGCGUCUGAUUUAGCUGUAGUGCAGGCGUACCGAGAAUACCAAACUGACAAUGCGUUGCUAAACAUAGCAAAGAAUAAACAACUCACGUUGCUUCACUUUCGUCGUCAGGUGGCUGAAAGUCUGGUGUUGAGGAAUAAAAUUAUCAUCGGUAAAAGAGGACGGCCCAGUGGCAGUAGCCCAAUACCGCAAAUUAUUCCCAGAAGACCAGUCGAGGUUCGCCCUGUAGCAGAUAUAGCAAGAGACGGUGUUGGGCAUUUCCCUGCGCAUGAUGAGGGACUUGGGACACGGUGUCUAACGCAAUAUCUUUUGUACCGCCGAGCACUUUUAUCUACGCCUCCUUACCUAGACAAACAGAAACAAAGCGGCUAUAAUGCUGGAAGAAAUUUGACAGCAAAAUGCAUCGUCAACAUAAAAGAAUCAUUAGAAGAACUGUAA